AUGGACUCCCCGGGGCGUCAGCCCGGCGUCAGCCUAGGCGACCUAAUACGCACAUCCCAGCUUCUUACUGAAAGAUACAGCACGAUGGCCAACAGCCUCAACACCGCACCGGUUACGCUGGCUGCCCUCGCCAAGGAAUGUCGCGCUGUUACGGAUACCCUACGGCGAUUCAAGUAUCUGCGCGAGACCAUCCCGGAAACGCUCGUUUUUGACCCCGUCCUUCUCGAUAAAUCCUGCCACGAUGCUUUAGACUCGAUUACUACAGACCUGUCGUCUCUCGACAUUUACAGUACAAGAAUUCGCCCUGCGACGAGCGAUAGUGCCGUUGACAUGUCCUCGGGCCAGAUCACCAUCAUUUGGAACGAAGAUUCUCUCAGCCGAAUCCAACUACUGAACAAAGGCAGUCGACUGCGUCUGUCAACUAUUGGGCCCCGACCAAGGCCAGAGGCAGAGGCUUCCCCCAUCAACGAUCUCUUCGAAGUUCGUUCGGCUUUGAAGAGACUCAAACCGCCGCCGGGCACACUAUACAAGCAAAGCAUGCGAACAACCAAGGACCUGCACGACGCCAUCGAUCGUGGAGACGAAGCCGCCGUGGUGAAGCUCCUCUUGCAACGCAUUGACCCAAAUGCGCCUCGCUUCGGCUCGAAACUCUGCCCUCUUCGCCGAGCCCUCAAUCGCCAAAUUCCAUCUCUUGUGACGUUCCUAGCUAUUGCUGGAGCAAAUCUCGAGAGCCGAGGUGACGAGGGCGACACAAUCCUAAUCACGGCGGUUAAGUACGCGUACUCCGAUAAGGUCGUCGCGCUUUUGUGUGAGCUUGGUGCAGAUGUCAAUGCUGUCGACACAUUAGGAUGCUCGGCAAUACACUACGCCGCAACGUCGGCCAAAGAUGACGAUACUUUACAAGUGCUCAUACGUGCUGGGGGUGAAGUUGACCGCAGGGAUCUAGGAACUCGUACGCCUCUGAUAGCAGCCGUCCAGAAUUAUCGUUUCAACGCUAUCGAAAAAUUACUUGAAUACGGUGCGGAUUUGGAAGCCCGACUGCAAAAUGGUAGAACGGCGCUACAUGUCGCCAUAUCCAUGAGAAGCAGCCCUAUGACGGAAUUCUUGUCAGAUCAGGGCGCCUACCUUGAUCGACGAGUCAACGAGCACACCGCUUUGACGUACGCAAUAGCUACCGCUUGUCCGGACAUUGCCGAGGUGCUCAUCGAGGCCGGGGCCGACGUCAACCUGCCGAGCUCGAAGGGCAACUUUCCAUUGCUCGCGGCUGCCUCGGCAGGCGACUUGCGGACCAUGAAGCUCCUCCUCUCUCGGGGUGCCAAAUUCGAUGCUGCUGGUAGCGAGGGAUACUUGCCCAUUCACAUGGCAGCCCACAAGAACCGAAUUGAGGUGCUGCAGCUUCUGUUCAAGGCCGGAUCGCCGAUUGAUCCAACGACCGAACAUGGAGAGACUCCGCUCACAAUCGCAAUGCAUUUGGGAUGCUUUGAGGCUGCUCAAUACCUGAUUGAAGUCGGCGCCGACGUAGACCACUCCGCUCCUGGGGCAGAGAGAAUCAUAUGCCAGGCGCUCAAGGCCGGCAACACGCGGAUUGCAAUGGCUCUUAUCCGAGGUGGAGCAGACCUCACAACCCCAUUAUUGCGAAAUGCUAGCAUGACGCCGCUGCAUCUUGCAGCCCACUACGGACAAAAUGAUGUCCUCGCAACAAUGAUCAAUACGGGCGUCGACCUCGACACCAGGACCUGGCCAGGUUUCACACCACUCUUUUCUGCCGUAAAGGCAGGGCACCUCGCCACCGUACGACUUCUUAUAACCGCUGGAGCUUAUUCCAGAGCUCGUUCAAUGUCAGGGGCAAACCUGAUGUUCUUUGGCACGGCUGAUCCCGCAAUGAUGAAGCUUCUGAUGGAGCUUGGACUGGAUGUUCGUGAACGCGAUCAUCAUGGCGCAACACCGCUGCAUUACGCGGCUGUCAAGGGUCAUUUUGCGACGGUUAAGCUGCUGUUACAGCGAGGGGCGAAAGUGGUUCAUGCCAGCGCCGUCUUCGAAACACUACAAGACUAUAAAACAAAAGAAAAGUAUCGCCAAGGUACUGCUGCAGGCCUCGCCAGGCAGAAAGGUCAUCUGAAGAUUGCCCGACUCAUCGAGGGGUGGAGAUUUAAAUCCUGA